AGUGAAGAUGUGAAGAGUCAUAGUUAUAGAUGGAGAAAACAACAACAAGUGCUUGCGAAUAUUGAAUUGACAUCGGAGCUCCGUUAAAGCAAAAAAAAGCAGAAGCCAAAAAACAAACAAACAAAAGAUUGUUACUGUGGUCGUUUGAAAACGAGAAUGAAUCAAUAAACCUUAAAAACUAACUGUAAACUUCAAAAGUGGCACAGCAUCGGCCAAACAAAGAGUAGCGAACCAAAGUAGAGGAAGAUUUGUAGCAUAAUUUGAAUAUGGUUAGUCAUUGGAAAGAGUGCCUACUGUGGCUGCUGAUGGCAAUCAGUGGUGGUUCCCAGCUAAUUGCUGCCCAGCAACUGCAGGGUCCUCCGCGUCCCCGGGGGCGUAUACGUAUUGCGGAUAUGCAAAUUCCAGCUUCUGCCGCUGGAGCAAAUGCACCUGCCCUGGGAAACUGGCCCGGUCUGUCGGCUGCAGGUCCCAUCAGCUCCACUGUGCACAUCCACAUUCCACUGCUGCGCGAGGAGAGCGUGCCCCUGGCUGCCACGCCCAGUCAGGAGGCGGUGGUGUACGGCAACUGGAAGCCGGAGCAUCCGGAGAAGCCCGAGGAUUCGGAGACGGAAUCGGAGUCGAGUCAACAGCCCAGGGAACGGGUCUACGGACGACUGGAGGCCAUGCUCAUGGGAAUGCCAGCGGAUGGAGUUGACGCAAAGCCAUCGACUUCCAGUGAAGAAGAAAUCAUUCCAAUAGCACCCGGUGGCUACCAGAACCCCACAUAUUCCCGGCCAGCCAGCUUCGAGAGAUCGCCGGAAAAGCAUGGGCGUAGGAGGAUCACCAGCCAGCAGGCACCGCAGCAAUUCGAGGUGGUCAGGGUUAACGAUUCGGAUCCAAUACUUAAGGCCAUGGCCAAGCAGAUAAAUGAGUCUGUGGAAACGACAACGACGAAUGCCCGAAGGAGCUCCCAGCACUCCGGCGACGACAGUUGGAUGCCGCUGCCCUAUCCAUAUCCUUACGACACCACAAUGCCAGCUCCACCUGCGACAAGCUCAGCACUUCCUGGGUUCAUGCAAUCCUCGGUGGUUCAUCCACCGGCACCCACGCAGGCCACUCGAUCCACCGAGGGUCUCCUCAACUGGCCAACUGAUUUCAUCGACAGUACCUCGAAUACAGCGAGCACUGAGCGGAUGGAAGAGCACCUCCAGGCGAACAUAGACAGGAGAGAUGAGAGCAUCUCCGAUCCUGCGGAUGAGUACAAGUACUACGAGGACUCGCUGAACUCCGCCCAGAUGCACAGCGAACUGAGUGUUCCAGAGACGAUGCCCCUGAACAUAACCCGGGUGGGCAUUCCCUACGAGGAUCGCAACGCCUUGGAGGAGCCGACCAUAUGUGUGCCACUCACCGUUUCGGAGACCUCCCUCUCCUCGGACAGCAUUGUGCCCCAAGUGGUGGAGGUGGAGAGGGUCUACUGCUUCCCGUUACCCAAAGUAGAGGUGCGACCGGGUCACGUGCGUCCGCAGGUGGAGCAGGUGACCAGGGAGCAGGAGAUGUCCGAAACCGAGAUGCAGCCAACGGAGUCACUAAUGCCCACUGAUUCCACGGCGGGCUCAUCUCGAAGAUCACUUGGCGUCCUUACGCUGUUCCUUCUCAUUGGUUGGAGUUUCCGGACGGGAAUCGCUAUCUAGACUUAGGAUCGCUUGAGAUCAUCUUAACACAACA